AUGGCGCUGAAGAACUUCGAUCCGGAUGCCUUGAUGCAAAACUGGUCUGACCAGAAGUUCAGCCCUACUCAGAGCGGCAAGCCCUUUGCACAGUGCAUACGGGAAGCCUUCAGCAUACCCAAAUCAGAUGCAUACGUCUACCGCGCGCAAGCCGAGACUACAUUAGAUAUCACCCAAAGAGCCAUCGAAGGAAAGAGAUCCGCUGGCCUACAUGGAUGGUAUCAUGACGAUGAGGGGCUGCCCCUGGCUGACCAUCUCAAGAUUGAGCCCCAAUACCCAUCUUCCGAGGAGGUCACAGCAUACACAUCUCUCUUCGACCCCUCAUUGAAUCUACCAAAAGCCUUGAAUGGCUUCAAGUCGAAUGCAAAGGCCAAUACGAUUCGGCAACAAGUGGCUGCCCAUCUGAAUAGUCGAUUCUUGAACCAGACCAAUGGCCUCCUUCCUUCCAAAAAGGCUCGAAGUCACACCAAUCCCUACCUCUCCCUGUGGACCUACUCUUGUCAGGAGCUUGAAUAUGCUGGCCCAAUCCCCUCAACUACCUUCACGAAGAUUUCGCAUCACAUUCUCCCAAUCUUCUAUCACCAUUUCGGUUGCGUGGUACCAUCAUAUGCUGCCCUACACGUCAUUGCGAAAGUAGCACAGCCGGCAAAGCCCAGCAAAGAGAACGUGUUGCCAAUUUUGGAUGUUGGGAGUGGGAAUGGCUAUUGGAGUCACAUGUUGCGGAACUUCACCGCUGGAGAUAUGAAGAGCUUGGAUGUUAGGGCGAUCGACAACCAACUCAGCGAAUAUCGUGUGAGCUGGGUAAAGGACACGAUCAAGGCAGACGGUCUGACCUAUCUCCACAAAGAAGUCAACAAUGGGAAAGGAUGCAUCCUGCUGUUGGUCUACCCACAAGCAACAGGGAACUUCACAGGCCCGAUCUUAAAGGCGUUCCAAGGCGACACCAUUGUGGUCGUUGGCACGCAGAAUGGUAACGGCUUUACGGGCUUCCAAGACCAAGUCAUCGAUGAUUGGGUAGAGAAGAGCCUACCUGCGUUCCAACUCACGUUGAGAAUGCCACUGCCCAGCUUUGCGGGAAAAGAUGAAGCACUGUUUUUGUUUCAAAGGAAGAAGACUGUAUGA